AUGAGAACUGCCAGGCGGGCCAGCACCAUGGAGGUGCCCUCAUUUCUGCGGCAGCUGGUGAAGGAAACCGAGAAGAUGGUGACCUUCUUCUUCAAGGGUGGCCGACGGGAGUCGGGGACUGAUGAUGAGUACUUUGAAAAUGAAGAGGACGUGGGAAGACCCUACUUAGAAAGGCCUGUUUUGGAGAAAGAUACUGCAGAAGGUGAGUCAAAAUGGGGUGUUACCUACGGCAUGGCCAGUAUGCAGGGCUGGCGAGCCCAGAUGGAGGAUUCCCACACCUGCAUGCCAGAGAUGACCGAUGCCUUGCCAGGCUGGAGCUAUUUUGCCGUGUACGAUGGACAUGCGGGGAGAACGGUGGCUCAGUACUGCUCCAGACACCUGCUGGAUUUCAUUCUCGACACAGGCUGUGUGACUGUGGAUGAGGAUGUAGACCAGGUCAAAGUUGGCAUCAGAGAUGGUUUCCUUAACAUAGACCGCCACAUGCACACCCUGACCCGCAACGAGACCUGGGACCACAGCGGAUCGACAGCAACCUCUGUCAUGAUCUCUCCACGAAACAUCUACUUCAUCAACUGCGGCGAUUCACGGACCUUCCUUUGCCGCGACGGCCAGGUGGUCUUCUACACGGAGGACCACAAACCUAUCAACCCACGCGAGAAAGAGCGCAUCCAGAACGCUGGCGGCUCCGUCACCCUGCAGCGCAUCAACGGCUCGCUGGCCGUGUCCCGCGCCCUUGGCGACUUCGACUUUAAGGAGGUGGAAUGGAGGACUCAGACCGAACAGCUGGUGUCGCCUGAACCAGAGGUGUACGAGCUGGAGCGAAGCCCAGAAGAUGAGUUCCUGGUGGUGGCGUGUGAUGGCGUCUGGGACGCCAUCGGUAAUGAGGACCUGUGUGCGUUUGUGCGCAACCGCCUGCAGGUCUGUGAUGAUCUGAGGGAGAUCUGCUCACAGGUCAUUGACCUCUGCCUCUAUAAGGGAAGUUUAGACAACAUCAGCAUUAUCAUUAUCUGCUUCGACGGCGCCCCCAAGGUGACCCCAGAGGCACUGCAACAGGAGGCAGAGUUAGAGCGCGUCAUUGAGCAAAAAGUGGCAGAGAUCAUUAACGUGAUCAGAUCUAAAGACGAGGAACCUGACCUGCUCUAUGUGAUGAAAUUCCUGGCAUCUGAAAAUAUUCCCGGCCUCCCACCAAGUGGAGGAAUCUCAUGCAAGAAAGAUUGCAUAAUUGGCGCAUAUCAGAAAUAUGCAGCAGCCUUUAGAUCUCUUGAGCCGAUGGAUAUUGGCGGCUCUGAUGACUCCACCUAGUGGCCGUUAUGUUGGACAUGGAAUCAAGCCUUGAAUCUCUGUAGAUGUAAUAAUCAAUUUGUGUGCCACCUGCUUUACAGAGGUCACAUUGUUUAGCCAAACUAUUUCUUUUUUAAAUCAAUGUUGUGUAUUGUAAACAUAGAAACAGAAAUAGGAGGAAGAGGAGGAUUUAUCAUGUGCUUUCAUGAAGGUAAAGCAUUUAACGCUGACACUAUGUAAAGCUUUUUAUGGAAAACAGAAAGAUUUUACUUUACUUAAAGGUGAAGCGUAGAAUUGAUGUGCCACCAAAUAGAAUUGUAAGUGUUUUUGAUAAAGGAUUUCAAGGGCACAUGAAAAUUUCUCAUUUACAAUAAACACUCUAAUAAUCCAUAAAAAAAAAAAAAAAAAAAAAAAACGUGCCACAGAGCUGAAGUUUUUAGCAAAAUUGAAUUAAAUUAAAUUAAAUUAAUAGUUAAUUGUCUAUCCACUUGCAUGGGAUAAAAGAAAGCAAUCCCACACAAAAUGACACAAAUCACCUUUAAAUAAAUGUGCUUUGUUAGCUUUUUA